GCGCCGCCGCCGCCGCCACCGCCGCCACCGCCGCCGCCGCCGCCGCCGCCAUGCUGGAGGCCAUGCGCGGCUGGCUGUGGCCGCGGCCGGAGCCAGCGGCCGCGCCCCCGCCGCUACACCUCUUCUUCCCGGCGGACGAGCCGCGGCCGGACGAGCAGCGCUGCUGGUUCGAGGGCCGCGUGCUGAGCGUGUCGCCCGAGGGCGGCACCGUCAGUGGCGACGUGUGGUUCGAGGCGGCGGCCGUGCGCGGCGGCAGGCUGCCCGAGGUGGGCGAGCUGGUGCGCGGCCAGUCGCGGCGCAGGGACGCCGGCCACGCCUGGCUCGCCGUUCACGUGGAGCCCGUCAGUGACGAGUGGGAGCGGGACACCGGCCAUGCGCCGGCCGAGAACCGGCUGGUGGGCCAGCUGCGCUGCUUCGACGCCGGCGUGCUGGUGCUGGCCGACCGCGACCUGGAGUACCGGCUGCACCAGGGCUGCGCCGAGAUCGACUUCGUGCCUAUGGAAGGCGACUGGCUGGAGGUGGAGAGCAGCGAGCCGAUCCCGCUGGAGGUGACGGCCGAGGCGUGCGUCCAGGUGCGCCCGCUGCGCCGCUGGCAGCUCGACGGAGAGGUGACGCUCGUCGCUCACGAGCCGCCCGUCUUCGGGCUCGUCGAUAACCAGGUGUACUUCCACGCGUCGGCCUGGCAGCUGCCGUACCUGCCGCGGCGCGGGGACCGCGUGCGCUGCUCGGCCGUCGAGAGCUCGCAGACGACACCGCGCGGCGUUACGCUCAACUGGCGCGCUGUCCGUGUGGCGGCGCUGGAGGCGCGCGCCUGGCUGCGCCCGGCGCCGGCCGCGCCGCCCACCGCUGCUGCCGCCACCGCCUUCUCAGCCGCUCUGCUCGAGGACAAACACGGGGUGACGGUCGCCGGCGACGGUGACUUCCGGCAGUUGAAGUGCGGCGAGAGCCGGCAGGCGGCGCUGGUGGCGGCGGUGGCCGUGCACUGCCGGGCGCAUCUGCUGGGCGCUGCGCGUGCCCUCUGCCUGCUCGAGUUCGGCGCCUUCCAGAUCGGCCGCUGGCUGAGCGUGACCGUGGAGGACCCGGACGCUCACCGGCUGCGACCGGGCGCGGCGCUGCUGCAGCACUACCCGUGCCUGGCCGACCCGCUGACCGCCGACAACUACCGACAGCGGCUCAGCCUGCUGCUCUUCCUCGAGGAGGUGGAGAUGAUCCGGCACAUCCGCCAGUUCGACCUGACGGGCGUGGCGCUGUCGCGCGCCGGCGAGUGCCUCCAGUUGACGGUGCCCGGGCUGGCCGAGAGUCGGCCGUCGCUGGUGGUGGGCGACAAGGUGCUGCUCUCGCACCCCUUCGAGGAGUCCGGUCUGAAGUACGAGGGCCACAUCCACCAGGUGCGCCACUCGGCCGUGGAGCUCAUGUUUCACCCGGACUUCCAGCAGCGCUACACGGGCCAGGAGUACAACGCGUCGUUCGAGUUCAGCCGGAGCCAGCUGCGCCAGCUGCACCGGGCCGUGGAGACGGCCGUGGCGCGGCUCGGCGCCGGCGUCCUCUUCCCCAGCCGGGUCAGCGUCCGGCUGCCACAGGUAAGCUUUGUGGAGGAGGCCUGCUGGUCAGAGCCGCCCGUGUGCUCUCACACCAAGCGGGUAUCGUUCGAUCUGAACGACCAGUCCGCCGCGGAGGUGAAGCCCUCGCCGCCAGAACAGGAGGAGAAGCCGGGUGCCGGGCCCGCCGUGAACGGCCCGCCAGACGUGCCCCCGUCCAGCCGGCCCGAGACCAGACCGCCGGGCGCCGGCCAACCCGCUGUAAACGGCGUCACGCCCGCGCCACGACCGGAGGCGGCGUGCGUCGGCGCCGCGGGCCGGCCGGUGCCGGGCCCGAGCCGCCUCGUUAACGGCCACCGGACGACGCUGCUGAGCAUCGCCGGCGCCGAGCGACCUGGCGUCCGGCUGCUGCGCUGGUUCAACCGGGCGCUGAAUGCCCGCCAGAGGUCGGCCGUCCGCCGCGUGCUCAAAGGGAUGGCCCGUCCGCUGCCGUACAUCAUCUACGGCCCGCCGGGCUCCGGCAAAACGGUGACGGUGGUGGAGUGCAUCCUCCAGGUGUACACUAUGUGCCCGAACAGUCGCCUGCUGGUGGCCACGCCCUCCAACAGCGCCGCCGAUCUCAUCACGGAGAGGCUGCACGCCAGCGGCGCCGUGCACAGCGCGGCCCUGGUGCGGCUCACCUCCUUCAACCGGUCCGGGGACGCCUGUCCGGAGCCGGUGCAGCCGUACGUCAUGUCCGGCGACUCUCUGGAGGCCGCCUCCCGGCGCCGUAUCGUGGUCGGCACCGCCGGCGCCCUAGGCAACCUGUACCGGCUGGGGCUGCGGCAGAGUCACUUCACACACGCGUUCGUGGACGAGGCGGGCCACAUGACGGAGCCGGAAACGCUGGUGGCGCUGGGCCUCGUGUCGGCGCUGGACGGCCAGGCCGUGCUGGCCGGCGACCCACAGCAGCUGGGGCCCGUCCUCCAGUCGCGAUACGCCGCCGCUUGGGGACUCCAGACGUCGAUGCUGGAGCGGCUGUCGGAGCGGCCGCUGUACGGCCGGGACGCCGAGAAGUUCGCCGACCACGGCGCUAACAACCCGCUGCUGGUGACCAAGCUGGUCAACAACUACCGCUCCCACCGCGAGCUGCUGACCGUGCCGUCCGCGCUCUUCUACCACUCGGAGCUGGUGCCGUGCCUGCAUCCUGAACUGGCCAACAAGUGGACCCAGCUGGAGUUCCUGCCGCGAGCCGGCUUCCCGAUGCUGCUGCACGGCGUGCGCGGCCAGAACGUCCAGGAGGGCGACAGUCCGUCGUGGUUCAACCCGGCCGAGGCGUUCCAGGUGAUCCGGUACCUGCAGAAGCUCGGAUCGGCUGGUGUCAGCUGGUCGCAGGUGGGCGUUAUAUCACCGUACCGCAAGCAGACCGAGAAGAUCCGCGAGCUGAUCAGCACCUUCGGCCUGCCCAUGGUCAAGGUGGGGUCGGUGGAGGAGUUUCAGGGCCAGGAGCGGGAGGUGAUCAUCCUGACCACGGUCCGUUCCUCGACCGCGACGCUGCAGCAUGACAUCAUGUACCAUCUGGGCUUCAUGCAGAACCGGCGCCGCUUCAACGUGGCCGUCACGCGCGCCCAGUGCUUGCUGAUCGUGGUGGGCAACCCGGACCUGCUGCUGGCCGACCAGCACUGGAGUCACCUGGUGCGGCACGCCGUCACCAACGGCGCCGCCAUCGGCUGCGACGGCCUGCUGUAG